UAGUAUUGAAGGCAAAGCUGAAAAACGGUUUGUUUUCCCCGAGAGGAAGAAACGUCGCUGUUCUCCGCCGCCGCUGCACCGAUUUAAAAAAAAACGGUUUAAAAUUUCUUUCAUAGCUGGUUGGUGUUUAGACAGCAGGUUUCUUAGCUCGCCAUGGCUCUGUGCGGGGGUGUCGGAGCCAUGGCUUUGCCCAGCGAGCUUAUCGUCCACAUAUUCUCCUUUCUGUCUGACCGAGACAAGCUCCGGGCCUCGGCCGUGUGCUCUCGGUGGAGGGAGUGCCUCUUCUACCCCGCGCUGUGGACUGAGCUCAAACUGCGGAUAGGUGGUGGUUGUAACGGCGGCGGGUCCAGCUCCGACGAGACACCGAAGCUGGAGUUCCUCAUGCGGAAGUUUGGCUCUUUCGUGCGGGAGCUGCAACUGGAACUCGCUCCAGUGGAGGGCAACCUGAGCCCCCUGAACAACGACCCGUCGUCCGCCAGGAUGGACCAGCCUCCGGGACCUGACGACGACCCUCAACUCUCGGAGCAAAGAAGGGACGCCACGGCCACUUACUUGGACCAGGUGUUGUGUGUGUUCACCAGCAUCCGAAACAAUAGAAACCUGCAGAAGUUGAGUCUGUAUGGAGACACCUUUAUCCUGCAACAAGAGGGACUAUUAGACAGCUCUAACCUGCUCCAGAUUCACCAGGGGGACAAAAAGAUCAAUGAGAUCCAGCAGUUGUUCAUGGAGCUGCUGUCUAACAGCAGGCAGCUGCGGUGGCUGUCCUGCAGCUUCAUGCUGGGUCUCGUGACUCCCUGUUCCUUAGCCUGCCUAUCAAAUCCUUCAGCUGAGACUCUGCAGCACCUCAGUUUACUGGACCACCAGCUAGGUCCCCUUAUCUCACCAUCAGAGCUUGAUCGUCUCUCUAACCUUCACUCUCUGGCUCUGGAUUUUUCUGACUUGACAUCUGAGCUUUGCGGUUUGCUGGCAUCUCCUCGCCGAACUCCACUGCAUCGCUUGUCCCUGCUGCUCAAUGGCGCCGCCCUGGAGUUCAAACCAUUAGAAGGGACAGCUACAGAGGAUGACUGGAAGGCACUGGUUCGGGUGAGUGCCAACCUGCGGGUGUACAUCAUGGCCCUGGAGGUCGACAGUUCUGAGCUCCUCAGGGUCCUAAAGCCUAGCCUUCCCCUGGAGCGCCUUCACCUCGACAGUUACAGCACGCUGGUGACCGACGCCACGUUGGAGCUCAUCUCUCAGCAGUACAACAAAACGCUGACUCACUUUCUUCUCCUGAGGGACGGCCCCGAUUUCCCUGACCUCAGCGUCAAUCGCAACGAAGACCCAUUGGUCCUACUGGCAUGGAGAUGCACUCAGCUGGCUGUGCUGGUGAUACAUGGUUACACUGUGUGGUCCCAUAACUUGGUGGCCAUCUCUCGUCUGCGAGGUUCCAGCCUUCGUGUCCUGACCGUCUCCGAGGAGAGCAUCGACUUCGACCCAGACCAGUCGGUGUACGUGGAGGGUGACCCUGUCCACAACCUGGUGAAGGAGGUUUCUCUGGGCCUUGGCCGUGUGUGGCACCCUUGCUUGGAUUCCAGCCUGGUCUUGUCUGAACCCACCCAGCACUUCCACCGUGAGCUGCACACCUUCAGCAUGGGCAUGUAGGCAAGGGAUUGCAAGCUGAACGCAUAGCAGCCUAAACUGUGUCAAGACCAGGCCAGACCCCCCAAGUCCAGGUCAGCUCAGACCUCUGAACCAGGUCAAAAGCAGACCAAAGUGGGAAAUCUUAAAACAAUCUAUAAGUUACACUUUUGUGAGCUGAUUGUCUUUAAUUAUAUUUAGAUUUUUCUUUCUGUUGCUUUCACAGAGGUUUUAGCACGCAAUCAAGUCCUCCAGUUUUCAAAUAGAUCUCCUGUUUUCUUGCUUUUUCUCUAGAUUAUCUCGUUAACUUGAAUAAUGGAUUCAGCCUUUGAUGCAUUAAAUGUAUCUUAGAGUUGAGAAUAUUCACUUAAACUGCAUAUUCUAUUAAAAAUGUGAUAUUAUUUCAGCUUCGAUGUAUACCACGCUAAGACUAAACACAUUUGACUUUGUCUGCUAAAAAGGGUCAUCCUCCUGCUUCAGACUCCAGCCUGGCCCACUCUGGUCUGGUCUGGUCUUUCCCACAAGUGUUCAGAGCUCUCUUCUUCACCUUAAUAACCUCCAGAGCCUAUGUAUAAUGUAACUUUGAUUUGUUUCCUGUUUUUUCCGCUUUUUUUUCUUUUUGUUUGACUGUUUUCCAUCUCUCCCUGCUCUGUGUAUAAUCUUGUUUUUCCAGCGUGGUGGUUCCCUUGCCUGUGUAGGCUUUGUGUGUGUUUAAAUACAGAUAUAUUAUUAUCCUGCUCACAGCUAGAACAGGACAGGCAGGCGGGUUGAGUGAUGGACCAGUGGGAUUUAAGAUGGGAUGCGUGUUGAGACGCAACCUAUUAGCUUUUCUUUUUUUUAAAAAAAUCUUUGCUCUGUGUUGGUCUGUCUGCUCCACUCCACCAAAAGUUGGAGUUUGUAAACUACCCGAUCGAUGACUUCCUGGGUAACAACCAUAGCUGCUUCUUCUGUUGCUCUAAAAGAGCACCUUGUGCACUUGUCCACUAGUUGGAAAGCCUUGCCAGCAGGGUGGGAAAUUCCACUGUAAAAUGGCUGACUGUGGCUUGUGCUAAUCAAUGUUAAUGCAGUUUUCAGCAACAGUCAUGUCAGCGCCAUGACCCAGAUGUGGCAUUUCAAAGCCAAAUGGUUUUAUUUUUGGGUUUUGAGCACUUCACCAAUGGCGUUAUGGAGAAUACUGUUACAUUCUUGCCGCCAACACACUUCCCACCCUGCUUACUUGUUGACUUUUUUUGGGAAACCUCACGUCAGAAAAGUAAGAAGCCUUUUCUUCCAACUGACACUCGGAGCCAACCUAUAAAUUUCAGCACAUUACAAUACAGCACACCCCUACUGUGUUCUGUUUUGAGCUGUAAUGAGCUGGUGGUAAACCGUUGCAUCUUUUUCUAUGUUCAAGAUGAAUAUAUUUGCCUUUCUGAUAAGCAUCACUGGUUCCAGAGCCCUUUUGUAUUAAGCUGGUUGCUUCUGUCAUUUGGCAUCCUGAUGAUGAUGCUUAUUACUUGCUAAAAUGAAGGCAUCAAAGGGGAACUUUGGCAUGGGGUGAAAGAAAAGAUCCAAAUGUGCACCGCGAUAGGAAAGGGCUCUGAGAUCAAAAACGUCUUCAGAUAGUCCUGCAAUAUUCUAGAGACAAAAGGAGGUUUUAUUCCAUUAUGCCAUAAAUAACUGUGUUUUGAGAAAUCUCUUUGUAAUUGCUUCCAAAUUCGUGGUGAGGCUAUGCUACAACAACAGCAGUAUUCUUUAGGCGCAGCUUCUUAAGGUGGCAAAUACCAAACCCAGGUUUUGCAGACAUGCCAGCAGUACUGUAAGUAGGAACCAGUUUUUCUCAGUGGCACAGGUCUUGUUUUAUGAGUCGAACAUUUCAUGAUUACGAACAGGGAAAAGAAAAGGAUGCACUGAAUGUAAUUUUACACGCAUUUCUUAUUGUGUUGGCCAGUCAGUCAGCUUUUUUGCUCCACAUCGAAGGCUUACUGUAUAGCUGUAUUUGCCACAGAAAUUUGGCAAAAUGCAAAUCUUGCCGGACAACUGAAUAACUGAGUUCAAACAUUGUAGGUUCCACUGACAGCCGAGACUACUUUUUGUUUUCUUUAUUUUUUUUCGGGGGAGCAAUGGCACCUACAGCACAACAAGGUUUCGGGUCACGAGGCUCUUUUCUGUGACGAAAAGUUAUUCUUUGUCAGUCUCAGGUAGGUUUUUAACAUCACUAUGACCAAGACAGUGGUGGUGAUGAUGUUGUGUGGGAUGUGCGAAACAAUCAGUAAAUGUGAGAAGUAGUUUUUUCUUUCUUUUUUUUUUCCCCUCUUGAGUCACAGUUGCCUUGGAAACAGUCCCUUGUUUUCUGGAUACAGUUGUCGUUGUUGUUGAUGAUGAUGUUGUUUCUCUUGCCAUCUGAUAAACCCUCGCUACACCUCGGUUGGAGGGUCAGCAAACCUAAUCAUACAUUUGUUUUCAAAGAUUAAGGUUGACAAAGACUAAAGAAUGGCAAAACCAAGCUGCUCAUUGCACGUGUUUUAUAUCUCCUGCAGAUAUUGUUGGGGACAGAGAGCGGCCGUGGAGCGGGAGAAAAUCUAUGCUGUCGAUAGGCGACCUGCUGGGCCUAAUUAAUCUCCGAACGGAUGGUAGUCGGUUUUCUGGGGUGAAAUGAUUUCUGCCUGAUGCAGUGGAUCUUGUCUGGCUUGUUCUUUGACAUCCAUUCACGAAGGCAUGACUUUGACUACAUCCCUGUGUGAAUGCCUUUGUUCUAUUAAAUGAAAUGAAUGUUUUUCAGGCUCUUUAAAAGUGCUAGUAUUCCAUGUUCAAGGCUCAAGCCAGGCACUGUAGACCAAAUAGCUCCAGGUAAAUACGAGUAUCAUGAGUUGAUGGCCCAGUAUGGUUACAUGUGAAGCUCUAGUGUUGUUUCAGCUGAGUGGUAAUUAGAGCCAUUGUGCACUUGUGUCUUGCUAAGGCAUUUCUUGAACUGGACUGGGAUUUUGACAGGAAAAUCAAUGUUAGGUUGGUCCUAAUGGUCCUAGGCCAACCAGCUCCUGUCAGAAAUGUUACCCAAUCCAAUGGCUUCAGCUCAGAUUUAGUUGUAUACAACAUGGAUUUGUAGAUUUUUGGACAAUGACACUGCAGACUGUGAAGGUCCAUAUCAAGGUCUACAGUUUACAAGGUUGAUCAGCGGUUAUUUUUCCUGAUAUGGAACCAGCAUCAUACAGUGUGCCAGCACUCAGAAUGAUUUGGUCCUCGUGAUCGGCCCGUGGAUACCAAAUGUUUGCUCGUCUGUUAAGGGACCUUGAUGGUUUAGCCAUGAUAAUCUCUCUCGUCCUUGGUUCAUAUCUCAGGAUUAAUGCACUUUGGUACCAAGAGUUACUUUUUAAGGCUGUGGCUGUAUAUAGCGCUGUACACUCACACACAGAGAGGGGAUAGAAAUGCCAACAUAACACAUUCAGACCAAAAUAUGUUGGUUUUUAUCUUAUCUUCCUUCUCCCCUCUUCUCCUCUUCCUCUCAUUGCUUUUAAGCGCUCAUCUUUGUUCCUUUUAUGUAAGACAGUUAAGCUGUUGCAGCUUUGUAUUGUGUGUAGAUAUCAGCCGGGUGUGGGGUGGAAAACAAAUCAGUUUUUUUUAGUUGAAUGUAAUAUCAAACUGGGUAGUUAUCUCAGCUAAGCAAGUAGACUUUUACUCACAACUGAUUUUAAAAUUUACAGGCUCAACUCCCACUUCCUCCUCUGUUUCCUGUCUUUUCAAGUCUUUAGAUCUUAGUGGCUCCACACAAGUAGUUAGAUCUUCUUUGGGCAGUCCAAUGCAGCCAUUGAGGCAGUGUUUCUGCCCCGAAUAAAAGAAGGGGUUGUAGUUUUUACCAGAUAUAGCCAGUUCAAGCAGAAUACGUUUGAUUCUUCUAUGAUAUUCCUUAUCACACAGUGUAUAAAAAUAUAUUCCUCUAGUCAUAGAAUUCCCUUACAGACAGAUUAAGGAAUAUUUAUGCCAUAAAACUGAAGGUAGAAACACCAAAACAGACCCAAAUUGUAGUGAAUGUGUUGUAGAGAGAGUUCUUGUUUUGUCCACAUAAGGAGAGAGGAGGUGAGACAAAGUUCUGUCUGGUAAUACAACACUGACAGGCCAGUAACUUCAGAUAGGUUUUGACCAAUCCUGGGACAACCAUGCAUAGCAUAGGAUUUUGAGAACUACCACCAGUGGAAAAACAACCUUUCCCUGACCCCUGUGUGUCAUCACCAGUAGCUAAAUAUUGAGCCGCCUUGUGCCUGAAAGCCCCUGGAGUCUCACUGCUUUUCAAACCUCAGCUCUCCCCAGUUGUUGGCUUUGUAUUCGGUGUUAGUUGUUGCUGUGAUUGUUAGUUCACUCUUUAGGGAUGCAUCGUUGCGAGCUACAGUGGCAAAGGUCUCACCACUCGUGUUUGAAUCUCCCUUGGAGCGUGCCUGUAUUUUCUGCGGACGUUUUCAUGUGUAUCCAGUAGAAAUGUGUGAGUAAGAUGUGUAUGUGAACAAGCUGUCAGCUGUGCAGCCGUCAUUCGUUUUCUGCAUGCGUGUGUGUGUGAUUAUGUGUAUUUAUGGGGGGCUUGCUCAUGUACAGCAGUGCAGUCGUAUCACUUCCACUGCAGCAGGAAACAGGAACAGAAAUCAUUCGUUCUCAGGGUACACUUGGUUUUUCAAAGAGGAGGAGGAGGAUGGAAAGUAACAGUAGCUCAGGCCUCUAGCUCAGUCAUAUGGAUACUAGGAGUCACUGGACCUGUUCUCCUCCUUUGAUGUGUUCUAAGCUGCCAAAGACCACAGUGGAACAACCCAGACACAAGUCUAUCUGAAGUGCCGGCGUACACUCACUAAUACACACUGGCGGGAGGCUGAUCCGGUGUUCUGUUCUCCUCCACACCUCCUCCCCUUACUUUCUGUUCUUUUCCACCUCUUAGUUUCUUCCACCGACUAUGAAUACUCUGUUUUUGUGCAUCCAUGCUCUGUCCUUGCUCUGCUUUGGUACCAUAUCCAACAGUCUCGUCAUGUAGUCAUAGUGAAUAGAGACCAAAGCAGCAAAGGUUUGGCCUGUCUUGUGUUAGUGACUGUACCCUGUGUGUAACAACACAGGACUAUGUGUUUCGGAGAGCAUUUCUGGUCGUUUAUUUCCAACAUGUUACCUGAUAAGGGUUAGCACCAUUGUUGCACAGCUUGUACAAUGUGGCCAAAUUCUUACCUCUGAAUGGCGCUCUGGGUCGACAUGUUGCUGCGGCGUCAUCGAUCAAAGCCAGACCUGUCCAGUGGAGAACACUUCUACAGUGUGACAGAGGUUUAAACAGAAAUGUCUGGAGUUGGACCACUCACCACCAUAUUCUUCCUUCUUUCUAUUUCCUGUCCAUCACCUGUUUCACUGUGAGGAGAGAGUGAAUGUAAACCUAAAGGCAAGGAGAACGAAGAGUUUGGUUCAAUCUUAGAACAGGUCAAGGACUAAACGCUCCCACGGAUGCUUCCAGAAGUUACAGAUAGCAGCUUCCCAGCCAGGACAAUGGCCCGUGUGUCUGAUGUGAUGUGAUGUGUUGAAUGGCUUGUAGCCAAGGUCAAAUUUGAUGGGAGGCGUUUAGUCCUGGGCUUUUGUAGCUGUAAAGUGAUUUGCUGCUAGAGAUCUGCUAGGAACAGGACAUUCCACACGGGGGUCGCUCAGGCCGUCUGACUAGCAAACCGUUUACUACAUGGCUACAAUGUCUGCGUGGAAAUUAGACUCUAUAUACAGAUAUAUUCUAUUUUUUUUACUUUGGUCUAUUUUGGAGGGAUUGGGGAUGCAGCUUGUACUGAUGAGUCACACCAGAUCAGCAGCUGGUCUGAGCAGAGUGGAGGUGUGAUACCAUUUAGAAGUGGUUCUUUAGAGUGUGUCGCUCUUUCAAAGGUCAACUGUCAACUUUCUACUGUGUGUUUCUGUGAUGCCAUGCUUCAGCAUCCUGAGGCCGUUUUGGGGCCUUUUGUGUCCGGUACACAAAAAGUCACAAGGUAAAGCGACUUGCUGUGACUGUUAAAUAUAAGGACUGAGCACUCUUUGCAUGAAAUUCAUCGUUUUCACACAUUGAAUCAAUCUGGCAGAUAAAGAACAUCACAGUACAGAAGGAGGAUGUUAGUCUGCAUAUUUAGGGCACACAGGAACUUGGUCUGUACUCAUUUACACACCAAAUGCAGAUGGUGUUUUACUAUGCUAUACUGUGUACACACAGAAAGACUGAAUGACACACAGCUAGCAGAGCCGUGUUUUUAUUGAGGCCUCACAGGUCUGAAGGCUCUGGAGGGGAGAGAGCGGUGUCAGUUUUUCAUGAGACCAUUACCAGCAGUUACUGUACAUUCACAUAGUUGCAGCAAGUUCAAUAUGCCCUGUUGACCUUUUACGCUUUUUUUUGUUAGUUUUUUUGUUUUUUCGUGCUCUUCGUAAAGUAUUCCUCUUCGACAGCAGGGCCUGGUGGCCUGAUGAGUAACUGAAUCCACAGAGCUGGCCUCUAAAUGCAGUCCAUCUGAAACAGUUGGCCUUGGCAGCGUAUUCAAACUGUUGUGAUUGCAGAGCUGUAAAUAUACUGUCUGUUUAAGCCUGUAUACGAAGAGUUGGGUUCGACACUUCUGUGAUAAUACUUAAUAGCCAAUAUUAAUACCAUUGACAGGGACAGGAGUGUGAGAGUGGGUUAUUUUAGUACCAAAGCAGCAGACUGUGUCAAAUCUGCAUCAGUCUAAACACAGGCUCAGAGCCACAGGCAAACACUCAUCAGACAUCACUAGUCUCAUUUCCACUUUGAUUACAGCUCAGACUCGAUGCCAGCUCGAGAGUUUGUAAUGUUGACUCUCAGGAUGUUUGCAGUGUUCUGGAAACUACACCUAAAAAUAGCCGUGGAAAAGAGGUAGUAAGAUGGUUCUGGGUCGAAACUGUCCCUAAAAGACAUGUUUCUGAAGGGAUUAACAUUAAGACACAGGGUUUCCUCAUCAUAAAAUUCUAUUAGUUUUAUUUUUUUUUAUCUAAAUGCUACAACCAUAGACUACUACCAGGACUUGCAAAACUGAAAGAGUUCCCAGAGGGCUGGACUCAUGCAGGAAUGUGACAAAUCUGAUUAAGAUCCUGAUAUGUUUUAGUGGCUUGGAGAAAAACACUGGAUGUGCAUUGCACUGGUAUAAAAUCAGUCCUGUGUAACCGAUGUAGAUAGAUGUGUGUGUGUGUGUGUGAGAUCUACUCAAUGAGGGGGAGGCUCACACACAGCCAGGCUGCUAGCAGUUAGCCACACUGACAGGAAGUUUGGAUUCUCCAGCUUUCAGCCAUAGCUGAGACUAAAACUGUUCAUCCAGCCAGUUUCUGAUGAUGAUCUCAGCAUGAUUGGAUACAGAGGGUAUUAUCAUAUACCUGUUACUCUGUAGUUCUAGAGAAGAAACAACAAAAUGGCACUGAUGGCAUAACCUGGCCAAAUUCUGUCAGUAGUUCUGCUGCACAGAGGAAUUCGUGCAACGCCUGGCUAUAUCAAGGAACUGAUAGAUAUUCAUGCUCAGUGUCAGCCAACGAUCUUCAUUGAGAUCUCAGCUACUGUGGCUCUGAUGUUUCUGGCUGGUAAACAAAGACUUUCUUGUCAAGUCUGGAGAGCCAAACCUCCUAAUUAGCCAGGCAGGCCGGCCUACUGCCCAGUCCAGCCUCACAACUAUGCAAGAGGAAUGCAUAUAAUCCACUUUAUUUUUUUCAGUUUUUAUAUUUUCUUUAUCUCACCGUCACACAGUAGAAGUGAAGAUGUAAACUAAUAAGAACUUGCAAUGACAAUACUUGGCCUUAUGAUGAUUUAUGAAAUCUUAUCAUUUAGUUUUAAGAUCUUUUGAUUCUGGUCAGCCAGCCCAGCGACAGCAGCGGUGACGGCGGGCUCACUCUUGGUCUCUGUGAGACUGGCUAGACGGCCCCAGUUUUAUCGUGGUACGAAUGUUGUGCAUUUGUUUAAAAUCAGGACAGUUUGCAAUAACAGCAGUCUUACCAGUGGCCACAAAGGGGCACAAGCAGUGCUGAUGGCGCCCGGCUGCGUCUUUAGAAAACCAUAGAGGAAGAAAUAUAAACUAUAUAAAUAGAUAUAUUAACUCACACAGUGCAUAUUUGUAUAGGUAUCAACAAUGCAUUACCGUGGUAUACUCUUAUGCAACACAUGUCCGGGUUCAAUUUCUGAACGUGAAGUAUAUUAUGAAAUCACACAGACUUUGUAAAUCAGAAGCUAUGUUGUUGUGUGUUUUUUGCAAAAAUGGUUUUACCAUCCUUAAUGUUGAAUAUUCUGAGCAUAAUGUUCCUGUGUGAUUGUGUUUGUCAAAGUGAGCACACAGCACUGGGUUUUACCUUCUUUCUGUAAGCAGGGAAUCAGACGGAGCCCAAAACACAGCUGGACAGACUUCAGAUACCAUGGAGAACAUUUCAAGUAUGUGUGAUCAUCUUUCAAAAACUUCAAAAUCUGAUCUGUGCAGAGCCUUGAAAUUUAAUGUAUGAAUCAGACAAACCGGAAUUUGGUUAUUGGUUACUGAACAGCAUGGAUUAGGACUUGUUGAGACCAAGCAAAGCUGAAUUCCACCUUAAAGAAUAAAAUAAAGAAGGCGUUUUAAUGGAGAGCCUGACUCGCCUUCGUCUGAAAUCAUGAAAUUGCAAUUUGAAAUCUUCUCAGCUGUUUUUGGGACGAGUCUGCAGGGAAAGAGUCCUCUCUGGAGAAGAGGACAGAUUUUAUCUUUGAGAACAGUGUUGAUCCAUGGUUCUGUUGUGGAGAAAAGGGAGGCGCGUUACAAACCUCCAUGUGAAACCUCUUAACUGACAGACGGCGUACACUUUAGGGGUCAGCCUGCUGAAUGUUGAUUUGAAUUAAUGUUGAAUGAAUGCUUCUCUUCUUUUAGUCAGUGAAUAAAAAUAUUAAAAAGCCA